AUGAGCCCCUCCGUCGUUAGGAAUAACGAAAGUCCCAGGAAAAAGUUUUCCAAAACCGAACCCGAUGGAACUUUACUCGAUCUUGAUAACGAGAACAUCUCCAAGGAUCACACGGACAACACUGAUAAUUCUACACAUACCGGCCGCCCCGGCAGACCUCGGAAAAAUAAAUCACACAAAAAACCCGAUGCUGAUACCACACAGUCUCCGAAAAUGUUCAAACUACAAAAAUCCAACGAAAGAUCACCAAUCGCAGCGGAUAAAACUAAUGGAGCAAUAAAGAAAGAAAGUCCAACGACAAAGCAAGAACCCAUUUCGGAUUCACAGCACCCAUCUAUCGAUGAAACACUUGCAAAUGAUAAAACAUUGUUGGAAAAAAAAAAUACGAUUGACUGUCGUUUUUCUGUGGGUCAAUUGGCAUGGGCUCAGGUUAGCAGUUAUCCGUUUUGGCCCUGUGUAGUGACGAUUGAUGGAACAAUAAAAUCACACCUUAAACAAAGAGCGUUUGGAAAAUCCACAUUAGCCACUUUUGUGCACGUUCAGUACUUUGGGGACAGUUGUCGACACGGUUGGGUCUAUGAAAUGUCGAUGUUACCAUUCACCGGCAUCGCUGAUUUCCUCAAACUCGCAGAAGACGCGAAAUAUCAAGUAAAGAAACGACAUAGAAACAUUAUUUCCCUCUAUACAGCCAAAAAAACGAUGAAAAGAAAAUGGGACACCGCGAUCGAGGAAGCGACUGAAGUACUGCCAAUGACGAACGAGGAAAGAGCCGAACUCUUCAUGCCAAGGGAGGAGGUCAAAUCGAAGUAUGAAGAAUUACUGGAAUUGGCAACCAGGGGAAGGGGUUAUAAGAGGGAACGCUGGAGCGAUUCGAACAACCCGAAUCCGAAACGUGUUAAACAGGAAGACGUAAGCGACAAAGGAGAGACGGAAACAUCAAAGAAAAAAUCCCACAAAGGACAAUCGGAAGAUGAUGAAAAAAGUAGCACUAAUUUGAACGCGGAAACUCCACCGACGCCGCCAUCCAGCCACAAGGAUUCGAGCGAUGAGUGUACGAUAAUAAAAAAGGAUAAAGUGAAAAAACGUAAGAAAGAUUUAGACGGUGAUUUUGAAUUCUAUUACGAGCGUAAUCGUGACAUGAUAGAGGACGCGCAGCCAGACGCAACGGAGGAUGAAAUUCGAACGUACCUCGAAAAAACUUGGGCGAAUAUGAGUUUAACACUCAGAAGUAAAUAUCGAUCGAGAAUAAAGCCAGCAAAUGGUGAACCAACGAAAGAAGAUUCGAUCGAUCAGGAAGAUGUUUCCUCGAUCGAGUCAGAUUCUAGAUAUAACGCGAAUUCGAAAUCAGCGAAAAAGAAAAAAUCUACGGAUGCCGUACAAGCGAAAGAGCCGUCGACUGACCAAGAAGACGAAUCUUCAGUCGAAUCUGACUCUAGAUACAAUAAAAAAUCAAAGUCUACCAGAAAGAAAAAAUCAAAGAACAGUGUGAGAACGAAGGAAAGUUCAACCGACCAGGAAGAAGAAUCCUCGGUAGAUUUGGAACCGAAAUAUCACAAAAAACCAAAGUCCAAUGAGUCAGAAAAGGAGGAAUCGCGUGUUAAUGAGACUGUCAAAAGACGUCGACCUUAUAAUUUAUUUCGUGGAACGAAACAAGAGAGAGUUUGUCAAAUAUGUGAAAAAACAGGUGACCUCACCAGGUGCAAGGGACCCUGUUAUUCUUAUUUCCAUUUGUCUUGCGUAAAACCUGGUGAAUCCAGCUCCGAAUGCAGUAUGGAUGAGGAUACGAUGGAAAAUGGACUUUUUAGCGAUUUGAAAGAAACCAAAAAGAGCUUGAUUGGUGAAGAGGACGCUAAAAGCGACGAAGUAUUGGAAGACGAAACUUUCAAAUGUAUCGACUGUCUAUCGGGUGUCGCGCCCGCUUGUUUCAUCUGUAACGAGCGAGAAGAUGACAGAUUACGAUGUUCAGUGGCUGCUUGUGGAAAACAUUAUCACAGAGUAUGCUUGAAAACUUGGCCACAGGCGCACUGGCGAGGCGGCGGCCGAUUGACCUGUCCCUACCAUAUGUGUCACACUUGCAAUUCUGACAAUCCACAAAACGGUAUAUCUUGGUCGCUAAACGAAAAACUUGUUCGUUGUGUCCGAUGUCCUUCGGCUUAUCAUCCUGCAACAUCGUGCUUACCUGCUGGAACGGAAAUUCUUACCGGGAGCCAAAUCGUUUGUCCGAAACACUAUAUAGCUCCUGGUCCACCGAUCAAUGCAACUUGGUGUUUUCUGUGCACCACAGGCGGAAGUCUUAUUUGUUGCGAUACAUGUCCGACUUCAUUUCAUCCAGAAUGUCUUGGUAUCGAUGCACCCGAUGGCGCAUUUAUAUGCGAAGAUUGUGAGACUGGCCGAAUGCCAUUGUAUGGGGAAGUGGUAUGGGUAAAACUCGGCUUAUAUCGCUGGUGGCCAUCCAGAGUAUGUUUCCCUCAUGAAAUACCUAGUAAUUUAGAAGCAAUUCAGCAUCAUCCUGGCGAGUUUUGCGUAAUGUUUCUAGGAACGAACAAUUAUUACUGGGUCCACAGGGGUCGUGCUUUUCUUUAUCAGGACGGAGAUGCGAGCGCUAAAGUUUCUAAAGCUAAAAAAAACGUUGAUGAUGCUUACCAAAAGGCCCUGGAGGAGGCAAAUGAGAUUCAUGAGCGUUUAAAAACUGAACGCGCCGCUGCAAAAGGAACGGAAUUGCGAUUUUUGAGACCGCCACCUUACGUCAAAUUGAAAAUCAACAAACCUGUAGGAAAUGUAAAACCCGCUGAAGUAGAAAGCAUCGGCGCUUGCGAUUGUGAUCCAAAGUGGGACCAUCCGUGUGCCCCGGAUUCGGAUUGCCUCAAUCGUAUACUAUCGGUCGAAUGCAGUCCGGCAAUAUGUCCUGCUGGGCCGAAGUGCAAUAAUCAGGCAUUUGUACGCCGAGAAUAUCCAGCCAUGGAACCUUUUCAUACGGUCGGCCGAGGCUGGGGUCUCCGGACACUUGAACCUAUAAAGGAAGGUAAAUUCGUCGUGGAAUACGUCGGGGAAGUUAUCGACGAGGCCGAGUACAAGAGAAGACUUCAUCAUAAAAAGGAGCUUAAAAAUGAAAACUUUUAUUUCUUAACGAUCGAUCAAUCGAGAAUGAUCGAUGCUGAGCCCAAAGGAAAUCUCAGUCGAUUUAUGAAUCAUUCUUGCAUGCCGAAUUGCGAGACCCAAAAAUGGACUGUAAACGGUGACACGAGGAUCGGGCUUUUUGCAUUGCGUGACAUUGAAGUCGGGGAAGAGUUGACAUUCAAUUAUAAUUUAGCAUGUGACGGUGAAACCCGGAAACCGUGUUUGUGCGGUGCGCCAAAUUGCAGCGGCUUCAUAGGGUUGAAGGCUCAAAAGCAAAAAGUCGAGGAGGAGAAAAAGACAUCGAAGAGUGACGGUGGAAACGAGAAAUUGAACAAGUUAGAUAAAUCAUCGAAGAGUGAAAAAUUAGAAAAAGGUUCAAAAUCGGAAAAAGUCGAUAGAAGUUUGAAACACGAGAAAAUUGAUAAAACUCCAAAGUCUGAGAGAGUUGACAGAAUUUCUAGGUCUGACAGAACACCGAAGUUUGAAAAAAUCGAUCGAACUCCAAGGUCUGAGCGUCUCGAUAAAACUCCCAGGUCUGAAAGGAUUGAAAGAACCCCAAGAUCUGAGAGAAGUGAAAAAACUCUUAGAUCAGAAAAGGGCGGGAGGCUUGCAAGAAAUGAGAGAAGCCCGUCGAAGAAAUCCUUGAUGAAGAUUCCUGAAUGUUGGAGCUGUGGUGAAAUUUUGGCCAAAACCGACGAUUACGUAGAGUGCAAUCGAAGAACCUGUUUCAAGAGAUAUCACAGAAGUUGCGUUACCCUGGAGAAGGAGGAUUCCCAGUUCAAUUGUCCGUGGCAUCGUUGUAAAGAAUGCGGACGAAGGACAGGGGCUCAUUGUACGUUUUGUAGUGCAGCAUAUUGCCAAGGUCACCUGGACGGUAAUUUAGUAGAGAACAGAGACAAGAUUGGUUACGUUUGCAAAAUUCACGAGGGCAUGGAAUCCCGUAAAUCAUUUAUCGACGAGGAAGGAAAAGAAGAAACGGACAACGAAGCGGAAACCGACAAAGAACUCUCUUCGUUGAGUUCGGAUAGUUUGAUAUGUAACGAAAAGUCAACGUUAUCACGCGAAACGUCGCCACGAGUAGCGAUCGUCGAGGUUCAAUUCAGCAGCGAGGAGGGCGAAGAAUCACAGAAGGAAGAUGAUUCGUUCAUAUUCAACGAGAAUUCCAACAAUUCGGCUAGUCCAAAAAAAAAACGUUUACGCGUUGCGCAAAUGAACAAAAUCGAAAGAUCGUCUGCUAAGCGUAACAAACGCCACAAGGAGAGUAUUAAAACGCUCAGGUCGUUGACACCGAGUCAAUUGGAAUCGAUCAUUGGUGGUAGUUUGACCAUCGAGCCUGAUGAUGUUCAUGAACAAUAAUGAAAAUUAAACGAAAAAAAAACAAACAAACAUUACCAGAUAUUUUAGUUCCGGUUAUUGAACAAUUUGAUUGUACAUCUUUUAAUUAGUUAAACGCAUCGUAGAAGACAUUUUUUAUCAUGAAUUUUAGGUUUUUUUUCUUUUCGCGUUUGUGAACGAUACGAUGCAAUUAUUAGAACGACGAUCACGCUGCAGUGAGAUAGCGAGAACAGAAACGUUGGAAGUAUAUGAUAAAAAACUGACCAAAAUAUAGAAGAAAUUGUAAGUCGAUGAACAUACACUGACAUAUUGUUGUCAAUGCGAGAGAGACUAAUUUUGGCAACGCGGAUAUUGUCGCUAUAACGUAUUCUUUAUAAGAAAAGUAUGCCGAACAAAGGAAUCGUGUAUUAAAUUGUAAAAAAGGUUCAUUUAUAGAUGAACGCAAUUAGGCAAACAGAAAAAAAUAAAUAUAUCGAUGUUAUUUGGAACUACAUUUCUAUGUUAACCCAACGAUGUCACUCCAUCAUUAUUAUCAAUGAUGUGAGGCGAGAGAAAUACAACAAAAUCUUAUUCAAUAUGCUGAAUAUCAAACGACUCCACUCAAAGCUAAACGACAAAAUCAUUUUUUAUUUCGUACUCAUAAGUUUUAACGAGCAAACUUAAUAAUUGUAUAAAUCGAUGAAAAUUUAAUGGUGAGAAGGUUAAUUUGACCGUGACAAAAAGUGUUUGUUAUCGAAAAAUAGGCUUGCUUUAUUUAUAAUGACCGAUUUAGUUCUGGACUUUGACGAAUAAUUCGUCAAAUUUUGUUUAAGGCUCAUUGAUAUUGGGAUAUUUCAUUUCCAACGAUGAAAUAAAUACAGCGUUGUAAUAGUG